AUGCUCAGCAUGCUGUUCACUCGUUCUCCUCUAGCGGCUUUGGCCGUUAGCCUUUCCUUUGCCGUGACCGAUGCUGCUGUUGCAGACCGCAGGAGUCCGGCACCUGAGGGCCUGAAAAAAGGCUUCCUGGACUACUUCAACUUCUUCGGAAAGCGUCAAGACGACUUUUGCGUACCAUCGAACGACUACUAUGAGAUUCUCUCGACCCAUACCGGCGCCCCUGAGCUGUGCCUAACUUUAGUUGGACGGCCUACCGAUACCGUCCAAGUUGUUGCUACUCCGGUUACCACUGUCACUGAUGUCACCUCUACCCGCAUCGCAACGGUGAAAAAUAUCGUCAGCAUUACUCUCACUACUACCUCCACAGUCACGCCGCCAACGCUUGCUGCAAGGGCGCCGGAACCUACACCUGGCCCUGAACUUGCAAAGAGACUAGCCCAUGUCGAAGCCAUUAGAGCCUUCGUGCGGCAAGUCGAAGCAAGCUCUUCGUUUGAUUCCACUGCAUUCGCUAUGAAUUCCAUCAGCUCUGGGUUGUCGAGUGCUUGUGAUUGCCUUGGCCUGCCGACGCCAGGAACCACCACUGAGACUUUGGAUGGCCCUCCCAGUACUACGACUACAUUGGCAGUCUUUGCAAAGACAACGAAGACUUCUCGAAGCAGUAUGACUUUCAGGACGAUCGUAACUGUGACAGCCGGCGAAGAAUCCAGUUCCAGCGGCUCUGCCACUGUUUCCGGCACUUCACCCACCUCCACUGGCGUUCCCAUCGGGGAGGGUGUCACUUGCCCAGAGGAUGGCGAAUCAGUGAAGAAUUAUGUCCUCGGCAACCGGACUUACGCCUACCAGAUCCACUGCGACGUCGACUUCACCGAUCCGAAUGUCAUUGAUCAGCCUGCUGAUAACUCGGCUGACUGUGCGGCUCUUUGCUCGACAUAUAACCAGGGUGCCAACGCCCCCGUUUGCCAGGGGUUCGUUUUCAGAGACGACCGUUGCUAUAUGAAGAAGGCUAUUACCAGCUCUUCGGCCAUCAAAUCUCCCGGUACAGUUUCCGGUACCUUACUGCGAGUGGGGGAUUUCAACAACACGGAAAACGCACCUUUCUCCCCCGGUGACUCCACUGAGAGUGCCUCUUCAACGUACUUCUCUACGGUGUACACUGAUGGUGGUGGUACGGUGCACAUGUCUUGGACGUCCGCUUACGCCUAUGCUGCGACCAAUCAGCGAGUGUGCACCUACAACAACACUCAAGUGUUUACCCAAACCAGCCUCAUCACCAUACCUGCAACUGCGCUAGUGACUACCGUGACCAGCACCGGAACAGCGACUGGUGUUCAGACUAUUACUACGAAUGGAUCUGUCAUCGUUGAGGCCUCUGGGUCGACGGAGUUCCCGCCAGGUGCAACACCUACCACAGGCGGCUCAGCAACCUCUACUUCAGGCGCUGCCACAGUUGUCAUCCCUGCGACUGCUACACGCGCCAGUGGUACGUUUAACACGACCGUCGUUUCGAGCGGUACCACUCUCGUUAAGGAGUACACGUUCGACAGUUGUCAAUGGUUCCUCAGAAUCGACGGCAACGGGCGGUGGCACCGCCAGCGGACCAUUGUCAGCGACGGAAAGCGGUAUAGUGGUCUCUCCUUCUGCAGCUGUGUCAACAGUAAUUUCCGCGAACUCGACCGCGACUGGCAGCGGUACGGAAUCUGCGCCGUCCUCAGCAUCUUCCUCGUCCUCUGGAAGUGGAAGCCCUGUAUUCCCCUCAGAAACUCGGACUGGAACUUUUACGACGGGUACGGCAGCUACCGGCAGUGGCUCAGGUUCCUCGACCCCAUCAGGCGGUGUUCCUACUGCGUCUUCGAAUGGAACGGCUACUCCGACAGAAACUUUGAGCGGCACUGGAAGUGGGACGACCGGCACGGCGGCUACCAGCGGUGGCUCAAGCACUCCAACUCUAUCAGGUGGCAUUCCUACGGCGUCUACGAAUGGAACCACCACUUCAGCAGAGACUGCAUCGAGCCCCUCAGCUUCAGGCCGGGUGCCUACCGCAUCUUCAAACGGGACUACGACCGCAAUAUCCUCCAACGGAACCACCACCUCGACAGAGACUUUGAGCGGUACUGGAGGCAGUCAGUCAAGUCUGAUAGCUCCGUCAAGUGGCCUUCCUAUAUCGUCCUCCAACGGAACCACGGCAUCGACCGAAACUCUGAGCGGUACCGAAGGCGCGCGCACUGGAACUUCAACGGCUGGUGCGGGCACUUCUCUCUCUGCUCCUUCGAGUGGCCUGCCUGGGCCUUCGUCCAACGGGACGACGGCAGCAACUGCCACCGGUUCUCUCACGGGAUCGAGCGGAACUGGAAGCAGCGGUUUCCCAGUUCCAUCCGCAAACGCAAGUUCUCCUUUAUCGAGCACCUCAGGCCAGCCUACAGGCACUCUCGCCAGUGCGACCUCGUCGGGCUCCGCGAACUCAACCGCCCCGUCUGGCUCUGGAACUGGAAGUCCCAGCACUGGCACGGCACCCAUCUCCGCUGCAAACUCGACUCUACCAACAGCACCACUUUCAUUGGCACCGGCGUGUUCACCAGCCUUUCGGAACUCCCCAGUGGCACUGCGACCCCCUCUGCAAGCCUGCCGACCAGUGGUAGUCCAGUUCCAUCGGUCAACGAUACCACAGUUACCUUGUCAGUGGCCACGGUGACUGCCACUGUUACCGAGUUCGCAACUACGGUCACGGUCUGUGCGAGCGAUUUGCCCGCAACCACAGGCACCGAGACCUCGGAAGGCCCUAGUGAGGCUAGCUCAGCCCUGCGCACCGCGCCUCCAGUAGAAGAGACGACAUCCACCCCCGCUCCUCCUUCGACAACAGCAGCGGCCUCGUCGACAACCCCAGGCACAACAGCCGCCGCCUCUUCCUCCUCUUCGUCGACACCCGCCUAUGCCCCGUCAACCCACAUCAAGCGUGACGACAACGACAACGACAAGAACCUCCUCACUAACGCCGACUUCACGGCCUUCGACGCGGCAGCGGACCCGCAGGCGUGGCAGACGCGCACCGACCGCGGCGUCAUCUUCGCCGUGCCGGCGCCGCACCCGGAGACGGGCGGCGUCAGCGUCGUCAGCCAGGAGCCCGGCGCCGUGCUCGAGCUGAGCCAGGCGCUGGCACCGGCGACCGCGCUGCACAGCGGCGCGACGUACGACGUCCAGGUCUCGGCGAGCCAGAUGGACGGCGAUGCGGCGUGUGAGGUCAAGGUGCUCGUCGGCGGCGAGCAAGUCGUCGAUGCUGUGCCGGGAGAGAAGGUGGCGACGUUUAGCGGCGCGUGGACGCCGGCGGCCCUGGUGGCGGGGGUGGAGACGCCGUUGACGGUGCAGGUGGGCCAUUGUAAGGGGGUGGAUGGGGUCGUGAGUAUUAAGGGCUUGAAGCUCGUGGAGAGGGCGCCGCAGGAGUUGAGGGUGUGA